AUGGGGGUUCCAUCGAAAAUUAAUAUUCCUAAGGAGACUGUAUCACAUCUAGAUACUGCCCCUACUCCCAAACCAGGGGUUCUUUUGCAAGUCAGAGCAGGAAAAGUCAAGAAAGGCGCCCUAGGAGGCGAAAUCACCUCUGCUAUCUACAAACAGCGACAGGACGGACCGGUAUUCUGCAGCGCAACGGGAGUGUUGGGCGACGAACAUGCUUCCAGCGGACACGGUGGCACGGAGCGCGCAGUGCAUCAGUAUAACCCAGAUCAUUACCCAGAUUGGCGAGCCGAGAACCCGCCAGAGCCAGAUCUAUACGAUGUCGGAGCAUACGGCGAGAACCUCGUCACGACCAACAUGAAUGACGACAACGUGUGUAUUGGCGACAUAUACGAACUCGGCGACGACGUUCUUCUCGAAGUCAGCGAACCACGACACCCAUGCUUCAAACUCAACUCCCGAUUCAGAUGGCCACGAGCCCUAAAACGAACGAUACGGACAGGGCGAGCAGGCUGGAACAUGCGAGUCCUGAAGACAGGCACUAUCUGUAAAGGAGACACAAUUUCUUUGCGAGAGAGACCAUAUCCCGAGUGGUCUGUGUUGAACGUUCAGCGUGUCCUCCGAGCAAGGAAUGUCUCGCUCAAUCUGCUGGCGGAAUGCACACAGCUUCCCAUGACAGAUCUAUUUCUGGAUAUUGCAAAGGAGAGAUUGAGGAGUGCUCCAAAGACAUACACCCUGGUCGACGCUUGCCUCGUCGCUCAGCGCGUUAGGAAGCUCACAUUUGCCUUGAAGGAGCAUUUAACGUUUGUCAACCCCGAGUUCGACCCGUACGCCUUUGCCCAGAUCAAAUUCGGAGGUGGAAAAGAAUUUGAGCGGUCUUACUCGAUUGUCGACGGUGAUAUCUAUAGGUUUAGCUUGGGCGUGUCCCUCGAUCGACAAUCAAGAGGAGGUUCGGCCUAUCUACACAACGAGUUGAAGAUCGGUGACGAGAUUGAAAUGUUCCCUGGAUCAAACCCUGCUGCAAUGGAAAAUGAUGCAAAAUGCGAGGAAAGUAUCACGCGAGUUCUGAUCGUCGGAGGGAUCGGGAUAACGGCCUUUUUGCCGUCGAUGCGCGACUGGGAGAGCAAAGGCUUGCCAUACCAUCUCCAUUAUGCCGUUCCAAGUCUGGAAGAGGCUGCCUUUCUUGACCAACUUCCCAAAGACAAGACCACUUUUUACAUCCGAUCAGAGGGUCAACGGCUCAAUAUUAGAAACGCCAUACCAAAGCCCGGCCACGAUGGGAUAUACAGCGCUCGCAUAUUCUCAUGCGGGCCCUCAGGCAUGAUGAAGGAAUGCGAAAGUAUUGCCAAUGAACUUGGGUAUCCAGACCACAUGCUUCAUUUCGAAGAUUUCGGUAACGGUGGCGGCGGUGAUCUGGGAGAGUCCUUCGAGGUCGAGGUCGACGAGCCAGACUCCAACAGACACGAAACAAUGACAGUUCCUCCAAACAAGACGCUGCUAGACGUGCUCAACGACGCGGGCUUCGACGUAUUGUACUCUUGUAAGUCUGGGGCUUGUGGUGCUUGCAAAGUGGAGCUGUCUGAGGGAAAAGUUGACUACAAGAGCACAGCGCUGCUUGACAAGGAAAAGGGGCGGGCGUUACAGGCUUGUGUCGAUCGUGGCAUUGGGAGGCUCAAGAUAGAGAUAGAUUAG